UUCGUAAUAUAAUGAUUACAAUGAGCACAUCCAAUCAUUUGCCUCCACGCAGACCUCCUGCUAACCACUUGUUCGCCACGUCACUCGUCCAAUUUAUAAUGCCUUUCUCCAACUUCACGACUAGAAUGAAAAAAAAAAAUAUAUGAAUGACUCAAUGUGAAGAAGAAGAAGAAGAAGAAGAAGAAGGAAACAGAGACUAGCCAACCUCCACCGUCCGAUUAGAUAUCAACGGUGAUGAUAGUGCUUUAUCAGAAGCUAACCUACUGGCUCUCAGAGCACCCAUCAAUCGUAACAUUCCGAUGGAGCCACACCCAAUCAUGGGGCUCCACGUGGUCAUUCCUCUUCACCUCCAUAGCUCUUUAUCUCACCCUCUCCACCUUCCUCCACCUCUUACUGGGCCUCAUCCUCCGACCGGGCCGGGCCGUCCCGCUCGGCCCAAUCCCGGCCAUACACAGCCUCUCCAUGUCCCUCAUCUCCGCCACAAUCUUCGCCGGGACCCUCCUCUCCGCCGCCUCCGAAAUCCGCGAAACCCGCUGGUUCUGGCGCCGCUCCAAAACCCCAUUCCAAUGGCUCCUCUGUUUCCCACUCGGAACCCGACCCUCGGGGCGGGUCUUCUUCUGGUCCUACCUCUACUACCUGACCCGAUUCUUCCACAUGCUUCGCACUUUCUUCGCCAUACUACGACGUCGUAGGCUGGCCUCGUUCCAGCUCUUCAACCACUCAAUCCUCACCUUCACCUCCUUCCUCUGGCUCGAGUUCUCCCAAUCGUUCCAAGUCCUCUCCAUCAUCCUAACGACGUCGGUUUACUCCGUCGUAUACGGGUACCGGUUCUGGACCGCAAUCGGGUUGCCCAGCGCUUGCUAUCCUUUCGUGCUCAACUGUCAGAUCUUGCUGUUGGGUUGCAAUCUUCUCUGCCACGUAGGAGUGCUGUUGUUGCAUUUCUUUAAAGGUGGGUGCCAUGGGAUUGGCGCGUGGAUCUUCAAUUCCGUGCUCAAUGGUUUUGUUUUGUUACUGUUCUUGAAGUUCUAUGUUAACAACAUGCAAUCGAGGAACAGAAAAUGUGGGUCCGACGAGGUUAACAAGGAUGUUUGAACCCGUAAAGCCAGUAAUGAACCGUAAGCAAACACAGAGAGAGAUGAAUGAACCACCAGUCGACCACCCACCAUC